UGCUUUAACGAUGAGGUAUUCCAUUGUUAAUUUUGCCAUCAACAGUAAUAGAUGAUAAUGUCAUCGUGCGAGGAAGACUCUGAAUUAUGAAAUAUUUCAUUUAUUUUGUGGUUUUAUUUUGCUGUAUUGGAACAGUUUUUGCUGAAUGGGGUACAUGGGUGAAUGGAACUUGUUCUACAAUAUGUGAACAGAACAGGACAAGACAAUGUACUAGUGGAACAUGUACAGGUGACGCUUGGGAGGUUACAAGUUGUGAUUAUGGAAACUGUGUCAUAGAAGGAUUAAGAAUAGGUACAUCUGCAGAGGUAUUAUUUCGAAAUGACCAUAGCAUGACAUAUUCAUCAUUUGAAUGGACUGGAGGUCCAGAUAUCUCUGCAUCGGUUGUAAUUAUUGACGACAACAAUAUCACAGUGCCUGUGACAUCUGAUAAUGUCAACCAUGUUGGAUCAUUCAAUAUCACGUCUAGUAAUACCAACACAAAGGAAUUUGGUGUAUACCACGUACAACUAAUUAUUUCAAACAGUAAAGGAACUCAUCAUGAAGACAUGGCUUUGUUUUAUGAGGAACCCAUUGUCCUUACCUCUGUGAAUACACCUUCAGAAGUACUCCUUAAUUCAAUAUUGGAAAUGACCGCUAUAUUGUCAUCCGGUAGUAAUGUUGGAUUCGAAUGGAUAAUGAAUGACGACGAUUCUGCUUAUAAAUUAUGUCAACAUACAGUACGCGAGUGUACAACUAACUACACUUAUUCUACAAAUGGCACAUUCAAUAUAACUUUAGUUGCUAGAAAUGAAGUUAGCUAUGGAAUUCUUACUGAUAUAAUUGUGACUGUCCUGAAAGAGGUCACAGGGUUCAGUUUUUCUCAUGUCAUUGGCGCAGUUAAUACAACAAGAAGUUCAGAAUUCAUUUUGAAACUAGACUCAACAGAUCGACAACCAAUGGGAAAUCUCACACUUGUUAUAGAUUUUGGUGAUGGAACGUCUGAAACUUCGAAUGUAUAUGAUAUAACAAAUACAAUGGUGACACCAGGGAAAACCUUUUCCCACUUGUAUUCGCAGCAGGGAGAAUUCGUUGUAAAGGGGAAUAUAAGCUCUAAAGUAAGUUCCCAUAGUUUCAGUAAUAUUACAGUAAACGUGUGGGAUGACAUCUCUCAAUUAUCUCUUGAUGUAGCGAAAUUCGCACAUCCUGGUACGGAUGUUAGUUUUCAAUUCCAGAACUAUCCACCGAAUGGUUUUGAAUUUUCUAUCUCAUAUGGUGACGACAACGAACUGAAAAGCGACUCGGGUGUCCAAUAUAAUGCAUUUGACAGUACUCCGUGGACACAUAGUUAUUCUUCUCCUGGCGUGUAUGAAAUCACUUUACAUGCCAUAAACCCAGAGCAGACAAAAGACUGUAAACUAAAUAUAACAAUCCAAUAUCCUAUAACAGAGCUUAUUAUUUCCCCUCCGGCUUUACCGUUUCAACAAUAUCCUAUACCAGACGGAAUAAUCGGAUUCGAAAUUUCACAAGUUUCAAAUGCAGAACCACCGACAAAUGUUACUUGUUCUUUUUCUUUCGAAAAUAACGAAGUAUAUAUAGAAAAAAGUGUUUACAUCGCAUACAUGCAGCCUUUCAAAAUGUCUUAUACAUAUACGACAGAGGGUAAUAAAAAUGUAAACGUAACGUGCAUAAAUGUAGUUAGUCAAUUUACUGUUCUGACUCAACUUGAAAUGAAAACAGUCACACUCAAUGAUUUUGGUUUCUCAUAUCCUACUGAACUUAAUGUGAAUAUGUCUUUGAAUAGAGAUAAUGAAUUAACUGAUUUUUUUGAGGACAUCCAGUUCAACAUAAUAUUAUUUAACUGCACCAGAUUUCCGAUAAAUGUUUCGUUAGAGUUUGACUUUGGUGAUGGAACAACUUUAUCAGAUAUUGUUGAUUUUAACGUUCAGCACAACUUUACAAAAAGAGGACAGUUUUUAGUGGUUGUUACUAUAUCUGACACGACAUCAAAAACCACAGUCAAUUUACCGAUUAAGAUUGGAAGGAUAGAUUUUACUGUCGACAAAUAUAUAGGAAGUGUUGGUCAUCUCCCGUUUGUUUUUAACAUUUCUGGACCGCCAAGUGGUGGUUCAUACCAACUUCUUACCAACGACAGCAAUAAAUAUAACUUAUCAAGUUCAAGUUCCCCAAUUUUAAAAUCACAUGUUUAUAAAGAUUUUGGAAAAUAUCAUCCACAAGUGAUAGCUACUUUUUCCGAUUUUACUGAGAUAGUUUACCUUGAAGGACCUCUCAAUACAGAUUAUAACCUAUCCGUGAUCAUGAUAGAUUUUAAUACAACUGUAGAUCUACCUCCAGGAGAAAUAACAGUUAUUGUAUCUAAGCAUCCUUUAGCGGCCGAUCUACCGAAUGUAAAGUGCAGAUUCGAUUUUGGCGAUAAAAUCGAUGUAGUACCAAAAGAAAAAACACAAGAUAUAACUAAUGAAAAUCCUUUGAUUUAUCAUUUUACCUACUUUACUCUGGGCUACCCUAUAGCAAAUUUUACCUGCUUUAACCAAUAUGAUCGCAACGAAAACAUCACAACUUUAACUGUUGUAAAUGAAUGCUUCCCCUUGACCGGAAUAUUUGACAGGCAAUAUUCUAAUACAUCAAACCCAUUGAAGCUUAUUACAUCAGAAGAUGUAGAUCUAUCGAGCAGAAUGCCUGUGAAAUGUGCAGAUAAGGAUGUCGGAUAUAAAUGGAAAAUAUACAAAAUUGUAAAUGAAACGGAAGUCUUGAUCAGUUAUAACUCUUCCGAGCCACCAAAAGGUUCAUUGAGGUUCUCUAGAGGAGGUGUCAGCGAGGGUUUAUACAAAGUUACUUUAAACGUCAGUCUACCAGAAACAUAUGUAUUUGAACCAACAUUUGUACGGUUUAUAAAACCGCCUCCAUUUGCAUAUAUCGAUGGUGGAUCUCAACGGCAAGCCGCAUUAAUAACACCUAUUGUUAAUAUAGAUGCUUUGACACACUCGUAUGACCUGGAGCAAGGAUACGAGGGAAACGACAACCUGGCAUUUGAUUGGUCAUGUAAAAUGUUAGCUGCAGCAAACAGUUUGGCAGACCUGUCAAAGGACUACGAGAAUAAUUUGCAAUCAUUUCUCGACUGUAACGAGUUACUCAACACAACGUUUCCACGUGGAAAAACAGUAUUGAAGAUGCUGAACGCAUCAUACCAAGGUUACGCAGUAUCAGUGAAUGUUUCAGUUGAUAACUUAAUAACACCGUUUACUCAGCUGAUAUUGGCUGUUCCUGGAUCGCCCCCAAUUGUUUCUAUUGUGUGCACAAUCAACUGCAUGGCGAAAUAUGCUGUAAUGGUGAAAUCUAUGUGGUAUGUAGAUUGUAAAGACUGUACACCAAACGAUGUUCUGUCUUAUCAAUGGAAGAUGUAUUACAAAGACUUAAAUGGUGACUGGAUACUUAUAUCGGAUUUAACUGAAGUCAGCGAUAUAAGGCCUACAAGCAAAAGUUUUGCAAUCAAUGACAACAAACUACAAGUAGAGCGUGAUUAUAAAUUGACAGUUUUUGUAACUGGUAAUGGUCGUGAUGGGGUUGGAGAAGCAUCAUCGACAUUUUUCACAAACAGUGCUCCAUACGAUGGUUAUUGCAAAGCAGACCCACCAAUAGGUAAUGCUUCUAAAACAUCUUUUCAAAUAAUGUGCUUCGACUGGAAAGAUGAGACAGAGAAUCCAAUGAAAUAUGAGUUCCUCAUGGUAGAAAGAAGUAAUGAAGACGGCGGUAUUGAGCAGGAAACGCCGUUCCAGUUUGGAGGUGAAAUGACUGCGACAGAAAUCAAGUUUCCUGUCGGCGAUUCGAACAACAACGAUACCCUAUACUUGCGCGUCAAAAUAUAUGAUGUUUACGGCGACUACAAUGUGUCAGAUUUUACAGUUAUUUCUAUGCCACCAGCAGAAUAUGUACCAAACGACCCUAAUGAUGUUAACGCCACUACUAAGCUAUUCGAUGACUAUAAUCAAACGUUUGCCAAAGUAAACAAAGGUGGCAACACUAUGGCAUUAUUGCGAUUGAUGGAUUCAACAGCAAGUAUAUAUGCAGAUAUUGAUUUACCUACAUCUGGUAUUCCCGACUUGUCAACGCCAAUGAAAUGUGUUAACUAUACAGAUAGUGGGAGUAGUCAGUCUAGCGUUAGAACAAAUCUUCAACAGAGAACAGACGACAUGAUACGUGAAAUGGAUAAAAGAACUCCAGAUGCAGAGUCUAAUGUUGGAAUGACUUCAGCAGACGCUGGAUUUAUGGCCAAAACACUCAAAACUGCCAUAAAAAAUAAAGCUUUGAUGAAUAAUAAACUAUCCAAAAAGAUAUUAAAAAAUAUAAAGAAGACAAUAAAAAACAUCAUUAAAAGAAUUGAAAUCAAGCCUCUUCUAAUGACAGAAAUCUCUAGUUCAAAGGGCGCAGCUAAAGAAGUAGUUAAUGUUUUGACAGAUAUUUUGGCAUAUUGGAAAACAGGUGGAUCGGAAAACUUAGAGAAAACACUAACUGUGGAAGAUGUUGAAGAGGAAUUCAGAGAAUACUACAGAAAAAACCCAGACCAAUAUGACGAGGAAAUAGCAGACGAUACACAAUUCAACACAUAUGUUCAAAAAUGUUAUAUCAAUAAACAGAAUAUUUUUGAAAAACAAAAAGCAAUGUCGGAAUCCACAAAUGGAGGGGCAGAAGAUCUGUUUGAAUCUGCGGAUGACGCAUUGGAUACUACUGCAGCUACAACAUCUCCAGGAGAAGGAGAGCAAUUGAUUAAUAAAACAGAUAUCACUUUGAGUGUGGAGAAAGAUAGUAAAGAUGCUUUCCUUAAUAAAUCUGCUGUGUAUAGGAAAGGAAUGUCUUUAAAGUUUGACAACGAUUCUUUGGCAAAUGUCACUGAUGGUACUAAUAUGGAUCUUCAGGUGACUGUCGUGGACAAGUCCCCGCUUCUUCAUGCCGAUGGCGCAAGCCAAGUCAACGGACAAAUCAUGAACAUUGCUGUGAAAAAUGACGAAGGAAAAAAAAUGGACGUACAAUUAAACAUGACAAUACAAAAUCAGGGUGUCACUCAUUUCACUGAGUAUGCACCAUAUUAUGACCCGGAAGAUCCAGAUAAAAUGAUGUAUUUCCGGUCCAAACUCCCAAAUGACAAUGAUGCCUUCAUAUUAUAUAUUAAACUGAGUGAUGAGAUGCUGGAUGCAAUAACCCAACGUGAAUUAUACACUUUAUAUGCUAAAUCAAAUUCUCAGCCCUCCUCCACUGAUCACGAAUUCACUAAAACUAUCAGGGCAACCGAUAUGGAAACAUUUGGUUUUAAAGUGUUUAUAAAGGAGAGGGUGUUGAAGGAGGGGGACAUUUUUAUUGCAUUGAAAGCUAUGGAAGAUGACCAAAAUGUAGAAUCGCCAAAAGUAAGACGUAAGAGAAGUGCGCUUUCAUCUGGUAAUACAAAUGCAACUGACCUUGCAACAUCUAAUGUAAGUUUGGCUGUAGUGACAACUGGUUGCAGAGUUUACGAUCCAAGCUCAAGCUCAUGGCAGUCAAAUGGUUGCUCUGUUCUUCCAUUUUCAACACUAAACGAAACAGUAUGUCGCUGUGAGUCGUCGUCUGGUUCUAUCUUUUCUCUGGCAUUUGCUGCCCCAAACUUGAUAGAUUUCAGUACAGUCUGGUCCAAGUUUGAUCCUGCAAAUGCUGCCGUAUAUGCCACACUGAUUGCUUUAUUAGUAUUAUACUUUAUAUUUGUGGUCGUUUUGAGAAGAUAUGAUGGAACAGAUACUGUUAAGAGUAUCCCCACAUUUUUAUGUGACAAUCAACAAGCUGACAAAUACUUUUACAUGAUUGCUGUUCAUACUGGACUCAGACCAGGAUCGGGAACAAAAUCUAAUGUCUGUUUUAUUAUAUCUGGAGAUAAUGAUGAUAGUGGUAUACGAUUGUUAAGCGAUGGGGAACGACAAGGUUUUGAAACCAACAGUGUAGCUUUCUUUAUGAUGUCAACACAUGCAAGGUUUGGUGAUUUGUCCUAUUUUAGAGUAUGGCAUGACAACAGUGGUGAUGGCAAUACUAAUUCAUGGUACCUUCAUAAAAUAGUCGUUACAGAUAUUCAGACCGAUGAAAGAUAUGUUUUUCACUGUGACAAAUGGCUGGCAAUGGACAUGGAUGAUGGCUUAAUCGAUAGAAUAAUUCCAGUCAUAAACAACAAAGAAUGUGGUUUUGAAACCGCCUUUUCUCAACAGUCACGUGCAAAUGUAACAGAAAAUCAUCUAUGGUUAUCGUUAGCAAUACGACCACAGAAAAACUCGUUUACUCGUGUGCAGAGGUUAUCUGUAAUACUGAUGCUCCUGUUUCUUACGAUGAUAACAAAUGCAAUGUUUUUCAAGUCCAGCGAUGACGAUACAGUCACCCCGGAUACUGUUCAGAUUGGUAGCAUGAGAUUGUCUUUGAAAAUUGUAUAUGUGUCGUUCAUUGGAUGCGUGAUCACAGUACCGCCAAUUGUCUUGGUGACUUAUUUGUUCCGCAAUACCAGCGCUAAGGUAGUACAGAAGAAGCAAAAACAAAAGAAUACUGAUUCCACGGAAGAUGACGAUAAUGAUGAUGCUAUUAUGACCUUGACUACUAAAAAGAAGUUUCCUCAUUGGGUUGUAUAUAUCGCAUGGUUUGUUGUAGCUCUUGCUGUUAUAGCGUCAGCGUUCUUUCUAUUAUUAUACAGCAUGCAGUGGGGAAAGGCCAAAGCAGAAGAAUGGCUGACUACAUUCAUUUUGUCAUUUAUAGAAUCUAUUUUACUGGUUGAUCCAUUUAAGGUUAUCAUUGUUGCUAUACUGAUUGCGUUUAUCAUGAAAAAACCAGUAGAAGAUGAAAAACUAACAGUUAAUCUGGAAUCUGUGAAAAGACGGGCCAAAAACUACCAACCGUCAAAAAACAAGCAAUUUAUAGCAUUUAGGCUAGAGGUAUUGGCAAGAGGGGGACCACCUCCUGCAGCCGUAAUGGAAAAAGAAAGAAAAUUAAUGAUGAAACAAAAAGAGGCAAAGCGAGCCUUUAUGACUUUAGUCCUACAUAUAUUUUUCGCCACUGUAUUGUUCUGUAUGAGCUACAUAAAUAGAGACCAGAGAGGAUAUUUGUAUAAAGCUCAUAUUGACAGUCAGUUGUUCGAGUCUAGUAAAUAUCAAUAUGGAUUCUCAAAGGUUUCAUCAAGUGAGGCGUUCUUUAACUGGACAAAGGACACUUUAAUUCCCUUGUAUUAUCCAACAUCAGAGUAUAAUGGUGAUGGUAUCAGUGUUGUGGAUAAGUUCUUUGUAGGCGAUAUGGCUAAUCUCAGACUUGGUCUUGUCAGACUCAGACAGGUUAAAGUAAAGAAAGCACAAUGUUACACAAGGAAACUGGUUGCGGGACAUUUCUGUGCAAAAAAUUAUAAUGACGAAAGAGAGGAGACUGGUGAUUUGUGCAACGGAUGUCAAACUCCUCUAACAACAGAUGCAUGGAAAUAUGUAUCAUCAGAGAAAAUAUGGGGAAUACCAAUAAUAGGCAUUUAUAAUACAUAUGGCGGUGGCGGAUAUAUCCAAAGUUUUAGCAACAUUAAGGCAAAUACUGAAAACAUACUUGACGAACUCUAUAAUAAGCAGUGGAUUGAUCGUUUGACAAGGGCAGUCUUUGUUGAGUUUGCACUGUAUAAUGCAAACAUUAACAAUAUAUGCUAUUCGAUAUUUUUGGCAGAAUUUCCUGAAACAGGAGGUGCCUUUAAUUGGGUUGAUACACAGUGUUUUAGGCCAACAUUAAUCACAAGUGCUACAGGUGCAUUUAAUCUAUUACUUAGUAUUUUCUUCCUCAUCAUGGUAAUUGGUAGGAUGGUCACAAUGAUAAAAGGCCUGAAAAGAGAAAAAAUGAAAUAUCUCAUGAAUUUUUGGAAUAUCUUAGAUAUUUUAAUUGUGCUUUUAAGUAUGAUCGGAGUAGGUCUCUGGGUGACAAAAUUUAUAUUUACAAAGAAAGCAUUGGGUUUGUAUGCUGAAAAUAAGGAUGUUUUUAUCAAUUUCCAACACAUAGUUGUGUGGGAAUAUGCAUUCAACGUUCUUUUGGGAUUCCUGGUUUUUUGUUCAACCAUACGUGUUUCAAGUGCUUUGGGAUAUAAUAAAAGGAUAACUGAGAUUGCGUAUGUACUGAAGCAUGGCGCAUCAGAAAUAUCUGGUUUUGGCCUGCAAUUUUUCAUUAUAUUUUCUGCCUUUGUUAUAUUUGGUUACUUGAUCUUUGGCAUUGCUCUCCAUGAAUUUCGAAAUCUAUUUGUAAGUUUUGGAAGCCUUCUUAAUACAAUAAUUGGACGAAAUACACUAGGGAAAAUGCAGCAGGCUGUUCCAAUUUUUGCAGAGGUGUACUUCUUUGUGUAUGUCUUUUUUGUGGUAUUUACUUUGCUGACGAUGUUUGCCGCCAUUCUUAAUAACUCAAUAAUACAUGUAAGAAGUAGCAACAAGAAUGCACAAGGAGAAGUUGGAAUCACAGAUAUUCUAAAAAGCACAUUCACAGAUAUGGUUGGUUUAGUUGGAAUUCAUAUAAAGAGAAAAGGAAAAAAUAAAUCCGGGUACAACUAUAAAGGGGACAGCCAUGGCCCAGUUAGUUCAGCAAAAGUUGUUAACUUUGUCAGAGAAACAUUUGCCGAUGCGUUUGACGAAGAUACUUUGGUAAAUCAAAAAAAAGAAAAAGGCAAGUUAAAACAUCUAAACGACUUGAUAAUACAAAAGUCGGCCGUGAAUGAGUAUGACCGUAGUAACACCUGCACACCCAGACAAGUACGAAUGGAUUUUUACAGAUAGUAUAUACGAAACUAAACAAACUGGAGAUUAAUUUUUUAGUUUUAUUACUUGUAUACUUUAAAUCCACAGUUUAUAAUGUUGUAGAGCCUUUUCGUUUUUCAUUUCUUUGUAUUGGUAGAUGUAUCAUUGUUUUAUACGACCGCAAAAUAUUUUGCGUUCGUAUUAUGUUAUGGCGAUCUCUGCGUCGGCGUCCGAAAACAUUUUGGUUCCCAGACAAUAACUUCAGUAUAAGUGUAUGGAUCUUUAUGAAAAUUUAGCACAAGGUUCCAUACCACAAUAUGAAGGUUGGGAUUGAUUUGGAGGGGGGUGUAUUGUCAUAGCCGUUUUGUAAUAAGGGGCCAAAAAGGGUCGAUAAACAAGCUUUUUUACUGAUUCAUAGACAAUAAAUUGGUUCGCAGAUAAUAACUUGGAUAUAAGUGUAUGGAUCUGAAUGAAGUUUAGCACAAGGUUCCAUUUUGGGCCCCGUAUUUGAAUUGGUUCAAGGGUUCAAAAUUAAGCUUUGUUUGAUUUCAUCAAUAUUGAACUAUUGGUGUUCUUUGGUAUGCCGAAUCUAACCAUGUAUUUAGAUUUUAAAAUUUGGGGCCCUCUUUCAAAUUGGUCCACAUUAAGGUCAAAAAUCAAACUUUGUUUAAUUUUAAAAAAAAAGAAUUCUUGGGGUUUUUUUAUAUGCUGAAUCUAACCGUGUAUUUAGAUUUUUCAUUUCAAAUUGGUCCACAUGGUACAAAAUUAAACUUAUUUUGAUUUUUUUCAAAAAAUUAAUUCAAGAGGGUUCUUUGAUAUACUGAAUCUAAACAUGUAAUUAGAUUUUUGAUUUUAGUCCAAGUUUUCAAAUUGGUCGAAAUCGGGGUCCAAAAUUAAACUUUGUUUGAUUUCAGCAAAAAUUGAAUAUGUGGGGUUCUUUUAUAUGCUGGGUGUAAGCGUGUAUUUAUAUUUUGGAUAUUAGACCAUAAUAGGUAAAAGUUCAAUUUCAAAAUUUUCGGCUCUUUGACCACAUUCAUUCUUUGUCAGAAACCUAUGCUGUGUCAAAUAUUUAAUCACAAUCAAAAUUCAGAGCUGUAUCAAGCUUGAAUGUAGUGUCCAUACUUGCCCCAACUCUCCAGGGUUCGACAUGCGCCCAGUGGAGCAUUUUAUUUCAUCUGUAAAAUCAAAUUCUGAACGUAUCAUAUUGAUUUCUGGUUUAUACAAAUGAAAUUAAUACUGUAUAAAUAAAUAGAUAAUGAUCUAAUUAACAAGCAUUUAGUCAGUACAGGAAAAGAACGAUUUCAAAUACUACAUAAGUAAAAUUAAUAUUAAAACGAUAAAGUAAUAGGUAAUCUGAUAUCAAAUAGGGAAAUGAAGCUUCAUGUUUAUCAUGUGUAUGGAGUUUAAAUAUACAUUCCGCCAUUAGUUAAGCACCAACCAUAUUUUUAAUAAUAGGAAACCAAAUCCAAAAAAUUAAUGAUUUUUGAAUAAGAGCCAAUCGCGUGACAUAGGUUGAAUAAAAUGUAAUUCUUGUGCAAUAUAUGGUUUUUAUGCUUUCUGCUUUGUAAAAGGAACUUUCAACUUUACGUUAAAAACAACUAGUUAUACAUUUACUGUUAAUUAAGGUUAAUAAUGUCAAUAUCGUGUUUAGCUUCUGCCCUUCCGUACAGAUUCAAUGCACGUCUCCUCAUUUGUAACACCAGUCGUCAUAGCUUAUACUGUGGAAAUCUCCACCAUCACAUACCAAAGCGACCAUCAAUUCUGGUAUUGUUGCACAUUUUGGUUGACUCUGAUUAAGUUUACAUCCGAUAAAGUCCCAUACAUGUUCAAUGGGGUGCAACGACCGGCCCAGGGAAAGUGUCUAUUGAUUUCGACGUCAGGUGUGCGUUGACAGUUCAUUUCGAUGAGGUCUUGCGUUGUCAUUUUGAAAGACUGGUCUAUCAGCUAACGCGUAAUUAUCAAAAUGAAGCGAUACUAUGGUGUUCAGUACGUAAUCCCGGUAUCUUUGUCUAUUCAGGGUACUGUCAAUAACAUAUAUAUCAAGCUUACAUUCAUGGGAAAUACAUCUACAUUCUGUUACGUUGCCGCCAGAGAAAGCUGUUGUAACAAGAAUGUUAUUGUCCCGAUAAAAUGUGUUUCUUUCCCUCCAAAGACGUGUUCUACAGUCGACGGGCUUCAGCAAGAAACUACUUUUAUUGGACCAGUGAAUUCUUCUCCAGUUACGCAAAGUCCGUCUGCUGUAGUUCCUAGCCCACUGUUAUCUUGCACUGUGGUGUCUUAGAGUUAAUUAUGUGCUCUUUAUUAGUCUAUGGGCCUGUAGACGUCCACGUGCUAAAAUUUUGUGUUAAUUUAAAAAACAGUAACGCAAAAAAACACACAAGACACGUUUUAAAAAACUGAUUUUUAAAAAUUAAAAUGUAAUCGAUUGACAUUUUACCUGUAUCCAAAAGUUACAUAUUGUUAACAGUUUUAAAGGGCAUUAGCUACGAGAUAUAAAAAAAAUAUAAAGUUAUGAAUUUUUUUUAUUGUUCAAUGAUUAAUGAAAGUGAAAUAGUAAAAUAAUUGUUCAUUUUUAGCAGCCAAUUUGGUUCAAUUUUGUCAAAAUAAGCAAAGAAACAUCGCCAAUGAAUUAUUCACUUGAAAGUGAAUAAUUCGACCUCAUUGAAUCCAUAUUCAUGUGACCUUCAAUUUAACCCCUUAGCUUGAGAUUGGUUACGCAUGUAUUCAGCUAUUGAAAGGAAAGGAAUGUCAACAUUGAAAGUUAAACAAGGAUAAACCAUUUGGUUGACUGUUUCGAUCCACAUAAAAUCAUUCUUAUACAGGUAAAAACGAUGAUAAAAAUACUUUUUAGCCUACAAUAUGAAACCAAACAGACCUAGAAAAAUCCAAUUGCACGUGGUCGCUAUCUAUUUAUAUUUAUAUUUAUGUUUAUAUCGGGUUAUAUGACCGUUGACAGUCUUCGGAGCUCAUCUCGAUGGUUAAUUAGAUGACGUUUAGAUAGAAAUACACACGAAAUGUUGAUACUUAUUAUCGAAUCCAUGCACUGUUAAUUGUUUAUUUUAAACUUUUUGUAAUUUGGAUAUAUGUUUUAGUAUGGUAUAAAUCAAGUAUGAGAGUAUGAGUUAAAUCGGUGAACAUGAAUUUGACAGCUAAUGCCCCUUUAAUAUAACGUAUUUCUUUUAUAAAAAAAAAUAAAAAAAAAAAAAAUACAUCGAAAUUAAAUUGGGUGGUGCUUUACUUACGGCGGAAUGUAUGUGUUAACAUACAAGGUUAAAGAAAGAAUAAUAUGGUACUGAUGCAAAAAAUAAACGAUAAAUUAUAUUAUAAAGAGUGGAAUGCAGCUUUAAAUAUGUUCAUACACUGUGAAAAAAAAUAGCAUCCCCAGAGUUUAACAUAUGUUAUACUUAUUGAUUAAACAUUCCUAGAUAUUAUAUUUUAUUAUAUUUUCAUUAAUAAAUAUUUAAAGCAAUUUAACACUUUCUGUUGUGUACAAAAACACAGGUCAUGGUGUGAAGUUUCGUAAAAGUGUACAAAAACACAGGUCAUGGUGUGAAGUUUCGUAAAACGCCAAGUUCAUGUAAUUUUCCAAAUGAUUUUGCACUAUUGUAUAUGUAAGUUUAUGAUAAAAUAUGUAAUCUUUUGAUAAUGUUUGAAACUCAUUUUAUUUUGUUAAAAGUGUUGAAGAUUUUAGAAAUUAUGAACCUCUUCAAUCAUCCUACUCAAGAUUUAGUUCAUUUGCAAAUUCGAAUCAAGAAUGUCCUUGUAAAUGAAUCGUUAUAAAAUAGGACAAAAUCUUUAGUGCUUUUGCUGAAGUUGAAAAAGUCAGAUAUUUGGUCCUCUAUAUUCAAUCUGAAGAUGAUGUACGGGAAUAAAUGUUUUGGUUUGUCAAAAUCUUUUGGAAUUGACAAAAAGUUCUUCUCUCGCAAUGGUUUUCUUUUACUCGAGAAUAUUUCCCUUUAACAUUCCACCCGUAUGUCCUCCUAGCAACUUGACCAAUGAGACAGAAAAACAAAGUGAUAUCGACUGGCAGAUAACAUAAUAGUUUAUCAUCUAUUUGGUAUCCUAAAUCUAUUUCCGUAACACCUUACCCUUAUAAAAAUAAGGGGAUGUAGUAUGAUAGUCAAUGAGACAACUAUCCACCCAAGUUCAAAUGAAGUGGAUGUUAGCAAAUAUAGGCAUUUCGUCCAUUUACGGAAUCUGUUGGUUCAUUGCAAAAAGGUACUUUAUUUUCGCUUCAAUACCAGUUUGCAUAUAUUGACGGAAGCAAUAAGUCAAGAAUACUCUUUAUAUCUAGUUAUCUACAUGGGAUUGCGAUUCAGAAUAAACACAUGUCUAAACAAAACAAUUAAUUCUGUAUUUUUCAACUUCGAGUUAUCCUCCCUUUAUCAUCUUUUAAACUCGAGACCAAUUAUGAUUACGACUGUCUGCUAAGCCCAUGUAUAUAAUUGUAUGAACAUGAUGAAAGCAAUGUAUUACUCACAAGGGUUUAUGUGGUAGCUAAAGGGAAAUAUCGUAUUCGUUGUUCAACUGAAACUCCCAAAGCUAUCAAAUGAUAUUAACAUUAAUAUGAGUUAUUGUCUCGUUUGAAUGGAUAAUAUACAUGAGAUAAGCUGCAGCAUUUUUUUUAAUUUAAUUUCAAAUUGUUUAAUUCUCAAACUCAAGCUUCUCUUAAAUUACAAGACGAAAUGGUCAACAAAAAGAAUUACAAUUAGUAAUACCAGUAUGCCAUUAGUAAUAUCCAAUGACAACUGGUAAGUGAGAUAUUAAAGCUCUAUUUGUAUUUUUUCUCCUUUUGGUUUAUAUGACGAUUGCUUGUUUAGCAUAAGCUUAUUUUAUUAAACAAAGCAUACUGUAAACGUUGAA